AUGACACAAGUAAAACGUUUCGUUUUACUUGGCGAUGCAGGUGCUGGUAAAUCAACUUUUAUCAACACAAUGUUCAACUACUGUUAUGGGACACGAACUGCUGACGAAGUAUUCACAUCAGAAAAUCAAUCUGCUGUAAAGCUGGCUAUUCCAUGCAAGGGUUGGACUGAUUUAGUAUCUUCGAAUAAUCCGUCAUCUGAGCGUGAUAUUAAUGAUCAAACAAAAAGUCAAACGAUGAUAAGUAACAUGUAUUCACUUCAAUUUAACAAGGAUCUCAUAUUCGAAUUGAUCGAUACACCUGGUUUUAACGAUACACAAGGUAUCUCCAAUGAUGAAUCAAAUUUGAAAGAGAUUGAAAAAGCCUUGAGUGCCGUACCUUUUCUAAAUGGUAUCAUUAUUGUUGCUAAUGGUGCCAUGGUACGUUUGGGCACUUCAUUCCAGCAUUUUCUCUAUCUUUUACAUGAAAUUUGUCCUAACAAUCUCAUGGAUAAUGUAUGUGUAGUACUGACAAAUUGUGACGACGUCAGUUGCAAUAUGGAUUCCAGCACCUUACAUGAUUUACUUAAUGUUAGUGAUAAAAUGAUUUUUCGAAUACAAAAUAAUAUUUUUCGAUGGGAUCGAACAAUACAUUCGGACAAAAAACUACGUAAUUUCCGUCAGAAUUUUGAAGAUGUCGUCGAUACAAUUGAUAAACUCAAACGGGUAUUAGAAGGUUUUGAUGAUGUGUCAACUGAUAACUUUAUUAUGUGUAAUCUUCAGCAAUUACUCAUCGAUAAAAGCAUUCAAGAAUUAAUUGAACGUAUCAUUUCUUUAUUUUGUGCACAUCAAGCAGAAGUUAAUGCAAAAAAUGGAAUUCUCAAUGCAACAGCUACGAUGCAAGCGAAUACAAACUGGGAAAAGCAACAUGAAAUUACUGCUUUCAGAUGGAUGGAAGUGCAAACGACUUCUGAUGAUUCAGAAGUUCAAACAGUAACUUCAACAAACAAGUCAUCAACCGAGAGUUUAAUUAGCUCAAUGAUUUCUUUGCCAACAAAACUGAUCAAUAAAAUAGGAAAUACACAUAAAAACAAAAAGACAACUAAACAAUCAUCUGAUCAGCAAAUAUCGUCUCAAAAGCAUGAUGAAACUUCCAAAAUAUUGGUAGAUAACUGUGCAACAUGUUCAAAUCGUUUCACAGAACAAGAGCUAAUGUCUCUAGGCACUAAUAAUAGGAAGAACAGCAAAACCAAUCGUGAUACUUCGACAAUGCUCUCAACUAAGAAUUCUAAACCGAUUUACAAAAAAGAAGAAAUUAAGAUACAUCUCACUCUACCUGAUAAUGAUGCUAUUUCACGUCAUGACGGUGCCCGCAAACAAGUGUGCAUUUUAGACAAUGAAUUAGAAAAUCUCGAGAAAAAGCAAGAAGCAUUGCGUCAUGAACUUAAUUCAUUACUUGGACAACUAACAAUUCAUGUUGAGGAGAUGCGUGCAAUCAAUAAACAUGUUGAUCUACUCCAAAAACACAACCACUUAUUAACCAAAUUUUUAGAGAAAAUCAAGGCAACAAACAAUGCACUCGAUAUGAAAGAUUAUUUCAACAAGGUAAUCAACAUUCUAAGCAAACCAUCUACUACAUCCAAUGCAUCUGUCGAUUGUCAAAUAACACUCAUGGAACAAAUGGAGACAGACAAUUAA